CACUGAGGAGAGAGAGAGGAGAGAGAGACGAACAAGAGAGGGGUGGAGAAAAAGAAGAGGAGUCACCUGAGAAAAGACUGAAGCAGAAUAAUAAACUAGGUCCUCACCAGGAAAUUGGGAGUUAAUAAUUGAUUAAAGGAGAAUUUAAGCUGAGAGAGACUGGGACAGAAGAAAGAAAUUAAUUCUGCACAAGGAGAAUUUAAAGUGUGAUCUGUCUCCAGCAUGUUCCUCCUCCUCUCACUGUGUUUGUGUGGUCUUCUCCUGCGAGGUGACGCACAGGACCGAGCUGCUCUGUGGAGGGGAAACGACCGGAGUGGAAGAUGCCAGUACACCUUCUCUGUCCCCAGCCCCAUCGAGGCCAGCUGCCCACAGACCGGAGGCCCUGAGAUGGAGGGCCUGAAAGCCAGACUCAGCAUGCUGGAGGUGCUGGUGUCCCGCCUGACUGGAGGGGACGCCGGUGUUCCCCAAAGACCUGGAGCUGGAGCUCAGUCUGAGCUUCAGGAGGCGCUGAACCGAGCCGUCGGGGAGAGGAACCUGCUGCAGGGGGAGAAGGGGCGUCUGGAGCGGGAGCUGGAGGGGCUUCAGCGCAGGAUGGAGGAGAUGAGGAGGGAGACAGAGAGGCUGAGGAACAGACCCUGUCCUCCUCAGACCCCCUUAGUGCCACCAGCCCCCUCUCUGCAGAGCGGUGGCCUGAUGAGACCUGGUGGGGGUUCCAGUCAGAUGUCUCACCUGAUGACCAGGCCCAACAGGCAGGGAGACAGCAGCAGUUUGAGAGACUCGGCGUGGCAGUAUGGAUCUCCAGGCUUUCAGGAGCUGAAGGCGGAGGUGACAGAGGUGCCUGCACCUGACGGCUCUGAGGACAACACAGGUUGUGGGGAGUUGGUUUCAGUUGGCGAACCGGUCACUCACAGGAAGGCCGACAACAUAGAAGGUAAAUAUGGUGUUUGGAUGCAGGAUCCUGAGGCUGUCUCACCGUAUGGUCCCAACAUGGUCUGGCGCAUUGACACCAUUGGCGCCGACGUCAGGAAGCUGUUUGGGUAUGAGGACAUGGAACAGCUAUCCAAAGGCUUUCCAUCCAAGGUCCUGCUGUUGCCAGACCAAGUAGAGAGCACUGGUGCCACUGUGUACCGAGGCUCUCUGUAUUAUCAGAGACGUCGUAGUCGUACCCUCAUUCGCUACGACCUGGCCUCUGAGACCAUCGCAGCCCGUCGUGAGCUCCCCCACGCUGGCUUCCAUGGCCAGUACCCCUACUCCUGGGGAGGCUACACUGACAUCGACCUCGCUGUGGAUGAGCAGGGGCUGUGGGCCGUCUACUCCACCAACAAAGCCAAAGGAGCCAUCGUGAUCUCGCAACUGGACCCACACAGUCUGGAGGUGAAGAGGAGCUGGGAGACCAACAUAAGGAAGAAGUCUGUGGCCAACUCCUUCAUGCUCUGCGGGAAGCUGUACACCGUGGCCAGCUACACAUCACCCGAGACCGUCAUCAACUACAUGUACGACACUGAAACCAGCCAGGGGAAGACCGUGUCCAUCCCCUUCAGGAACAAGUACCGCUACAACAGCAUGAUCGACUACAACCUGGCUCAGAGGAAGCUGUUUGCCUGGGACAACUUCCACAUGGUGUCCUAUGACAUCAGGCUGGGUCGCCAGCAGGCCAACUAAGGCCGCCACGAGUGACAGAUGAAAAGUGACUUUUGCUCACCUGUUCCUGCUUCAGAGACUCCGAGCUUUAGAGUACAAUGUGUGUGGUGGAAGUAGUUUAUAAAGCUUCAGUAUCAACGAGUAGAAGAGCCAAACUACCAAACUCCAAAGUGAAAUGAAGACGUUUGAGGAACAGUGUCUGCUUUUUUUUUUUCUCUUCAGUGGGAGGGCUUUUGCUGUGGCACGGUCCACAAACAUGUUUUUAGAGGAAUUAUUUUUGUACCGCCUUUAAUUCAGAUGUAUGAUUUCAUUUUUUUUUCUUGUUAAGCUAUAUUUGAGGUCUGAAAGAUGAAGCAUAGUUGAAUUUAACAAGCUAAGUGGGAUAAUUAAUUUACAACACAAACUCCUGAUG